AUGGACGUAGACGUGGACGUGGACCUGGACGUGGACGUGGACAUGGACAUGGACGUGGACGUGGACGUGGAGGACUUGGACGUGGAGGAUUUGGAUGACUUGGACGUGGACAUGGACUUGGACAUGGACGUGGACUUGGACGUGGACAUGGACUUGGACAUGGACGUGGACAUGGACGUGGACAUGGACUUGGACAUGGACGUGGACAUGGACGUGGACGUGGACGUGGAGGUGGACGUGGACGUGGACAUGGACGUGGACAUGGACGUGGACGUGGACGUGGACGUGGACAUGGACGUGGACAUGGACGUGGACGUGGACGUGGACGUGGACGUGGACGUCGACAUGGACGUGGACACGGACGUGGACGUGGACGUGGACGUAGACGUGGACAUGGACGUGGACGUGGACGUGGACGUGGACGUGGACAUGGACGUGGAGGACUUGGACGUGGACUUGGACGUGGACGUGGACGUGGACAUGAACAUGGACGUGGACGUGGACGUGGACAUGGACAUGGACGUGGACGUGGACAUGGACGUGGACGUGGACAAGGACGUGGACAUGGACGUGGACAUGAACGUGCACAUGGACAUGGACGUGGACGUGGACGUGGACGUGGACAUGGACGUGGACAUGGACGUGGACGUAGACGUGGACGUGGACGUGGACGUCGACAUGGACAUGGACGUGGACGUUGACGUGGACGUGGACGUGGACAUGGACGUGGAGGACUUGGACGUGGACUUGGACGUGGACGUGGACGUGGACGUGGACAUGGACAUGGACGUGGACGUGGACGUGGACAUGGACAUGGACGUGGACGUGGACAUGGACGUGGACGUGGACAUGGACGUAGACAUGGACGUGGACGUGGACGUGGACGUGGACGUGGACAUGGACGUGGACGUUGACGUGGACAUUGUCGUGGACGUGGACGUGGACGUGGACGUGGACAUUGUCAUGGUCGUGGACGUGGACGUGGACGUGGACGUGAACGUGGUCGUGGACGUGGACGUGGACGUGGACGUGGACGUUGACGUGGACAUGGACAUGGACAUGGACGUGGACGUGGACGUGGACGUGGACGUGGACGUUGACGUGGACAUGGACGUGGACGUGGACGUGGACGUGAACGUGGUCGUGGACAUGGACGUGGACGUGGACGUGGACAUGGACGUAGACGUGGACGUUGACGUGGUCGUUGACUUGGACGUGGAGGUGGACGUGGACGUGGACGUGGUCGUGGACAUGGACGUGGACGUGGACGUGGUCGUGGACGUGGAUAUGGACGUGAACGUGGACGUGGACGUGGUCGUGGACGUGGACGGGGACGUGGUCGUGGACGUGGACGUGGACAUGGACGUGGACGUGGUCGUGGACGUGGUCAUGGACGUGGAGGACUUGGACGUGGAGGACUUGGACGUGGACGUGGACGUGGACGUGGACGUGGACGUGGUCAUGGACGUGGUCGUGGACGUGGAGGACUUGGACGUGGAGGACUUGGACGUGGACGUGGACAUGGACGUGGACGUGGACGUGGACGUGGUCGUGGACGUGGUCGUGGACGUGGACGUGGUCGUGGACGUGGUCGUGGACGUGGACGUGGUCGUGGACGUGGUCGUGGACGUGGACGUGGACGUGGUCGUGGACGUGGAGGACUUGGACGUGGAGGACUUGGACGUGGACUGA